AAUACUUUUCUUAUCUUUUUCUCUCACGAUUAUGAAGUAAAAGAACCAAUCUUCUCCUAGUAGAUGGCGUGUACAAGUUUCAAAGCUCAUUUCGUUAACGAGUGUUGGUGAAGUGUUUGGUGCGUCUGGGACAAGACAUCCCACGUCACUACCUCCCUCCAGUGCUCGCCCGAGGGGAAUGAAAAGUCUCAUUGCAGAUGAAAUACUGCCUGGGAUCUCCUGCCACUGUGAUUGGUAGGAGAGCCGUGACGUCACAACCCGGAUGCACAUUGCUGGUUGGUCAACUCUCCCUGACGUCACUCAUCACACCCCGGGAACUUAUUAUAAAAACAGUCCCCUGGAUGCGGCACACACAGGUCGGUUUUUCUCGCAAUUUCUCGCAAGCGUUUCCUGUGGACAAAGAUAGAGGCGGUGGUGAUGAUAAGUUUUGCUGUGCUGCGUUGCGUAAGAGUGACUAAGAGGGGCGGGGAGGUGAUGCUGUAGAUCGCAAAGGUUGGACGGAACGACAAAAAGUUGUUUCUGUAUUGUGACCGACAGCGUAGCGCCAAGGACAUCGCCAGCCCAGGUGGUGCGGCGGCACCAAAUGUAGUCUGCACAUCAACUUUGCCGUCUUUGUGCGGCGCCGUGACUCGUCGCCUCGUAACGUGACGAAACUGCAACUCAUUCCCGGGCCGCCAAUUUGCUUCAUGUAGCGGAAAAUGAGAUUGUUAGCCAUCCCCGAGUGUGCCCGCGGUACGCUCGCCCCUGCAGCGCCCGUCACAGCUGCUCGCAACACGGCACUGGCAGGCAGGGCAGGCCGUGGUGCAGGGUUGAGUGCGCCAGGCCGAUGUGUGGUGGCGUGUUGCGGCAGCACUAGUCACCACGCCUCCACGCCUCCACGCCAGUAUGACGUGCCCUCUCUCCUGUUACUGUGGACUCAUGUGCCGCUGCGGCUGCAUCCCGUCCCCCGAGGUGCCGCCCCUUUCCUCGGGCGGCGCACUGGGGCCGGAGACCAACCGCAGCCACACGGUGUACGUGCUGCUGCUGGGGGCGGCCGAGACAGGCAAGUCCACCAUCAUGAGGCAGAUGAAGAUCAUCGAUAGCGGCGGCAUGUCGCCCGCCUCUCUGCGCUCCUACACGCGGCACGUGCUGGAAAACGUUCUCACGUGUGUCACGAGGCUGGCGGCGGCCGUGCAGCAGGCCGCCAUCCCCUGGGGCUCACCCGAGGCCGCCCACGCCGCCACCGUCCUGUCCACCGUGACGCCCAAGGACUGGGGGCUGUGUGAGGACGGCCACGCCCCCGCCCUGCUGCCCGCAGAUCACGCCCAUCUCAUCCGCGUGCUGUGGGAGGACAUGGCUGCUCAGGAGUGCUGGCUGCGCGCCAACGAAUUCAAUCUGCCGGACAGCACAGACUACUACCUGGCCGCCGCGGACCGCCUCAGCCAGCAGCCCUACCUGCCCACGCAGGAGGACGUGCUGCAGCUCCGCAUCCCCACGCGCUCCGCCACCGUGUACGACUUCCACGACAGGAACUGGACCUUCCGCCUGACGGACGUGGGCGGCCAGCGCGGCGAGAGGCGCAGGUGGAUCCGCCUGUUUGAUGAGGUAAACGCCAUCAUCUUCCUAGCGGCGCUAAGCGAGUACGACCAGACGUGGAGCAAGGAGGAGGAGGAUGGCAUGAACAGACUGGAGCUGUCCAUGCAGCUGUUCAGGGAGACCAUCAACUACCCGGGCUUCUCCAACACCAGCAUCAUCCUGUUCCUCAACAAGACUGACGUGCUGCAGAAGAAGAUCACCACGUCUGACCUGUGCCGCUACUUCCCGGACUUUUCUGGCCCGCGCGGCGACACGCGCGCCGCCACGGACUACAUUCGUAACAGGUUCAUGAUGCACGCGCGGGACAGAGACAACUUCUUUUCUCACGAGACUUGUGCCACGGACACCAAGAAGACGCGGUUUGUGUUCGCCGCGGUGCGGGAAAGUAUCUUAUGGAAUAACAUUAGACUUUUCAUGGAUCCUUUCCACUGAGAGGUGCCCGCGCGCUGCCUGGCGCCGCGUAGUGUGGGUACCGCUCAGAGAAACACUUGUGUGAAUCUUAACCUAGACUCUCUAAAAGUUACCUCGAUCAUACAAUUUAAUAGUACAAGUAAGUUUAUGUCACUGUGAUAACACGACAAUGCGAGACAAAGGUGCAGCAGGAAUGUAACGCCGCGUGUGUGUGGCGCCGCGCGUGUGUGUGGCGUCGCGUGUGUGUGGCGCCGUAUGUAUGUGGUACUCCCGCGGAAUUGUCCGGGGAGGGACUGGCAUUAGUGAUCAAAGUGCAAACGUUCAGGCCGUUAAUGACGGUGGGCAGGCACGCGCACAGUGAGGGGUGAACGUGCCUUGUGUCACGCUCCAGUUGGCUGGUGGCGACGCUUGACCAAUGUUUUGUUUGAGCCAGCCAGCCAGCCAGCCAGCCAGCCAAGCCCCAUCCUUCACCUUCGCCUGCCAGACAAGUGUGUACACGUCAUCAAGCCAAUCUGUUGUAAAAAGCAAUAAAAAAAAAAACAGAUGUGUUUGUUAAUGUUUCAAGUGU